CUGCGUGUAACUAAAGUUUUUGCCUUGACAUAAAAUAAUAUUGUAGGUGUAUUGAUUUAUAGGAAUAAGUUUUAUAAACCAACGACAUUCGAAAUGACCUCCAAAAUUGAUAUUGUUAAGCCAAAAACAGUGAAAGUUUACGAACUAGAUGAAUUCGAAAAACUUUUAAAGGGUGUAAAAGUGGCGGCAUGCAUGCUUACAGAGUCCCAGCCAGUUGUGGAUGAAGAAAGUGUAUUAAAGCGACUUAACACGUUAACCCUGAAUGGGGCAGCCGAUGGCAACUGCUGCUCAUGUUGCGGCGUGGGACCAUUCAAGAGCCGCGCUGACCAAACCACACAUUAUAAGAAUCAUUGGCAUACUUACAAUCUAAAAAGAAAGUUGUUUGGAAAAUCUCCGCUGACACUGGGGCAGUUUAAUUCCAGACAAGAUGAGGACUCCAGUGUGUCAGACAGUGAAACUGAUGAUUGCUACAGCACUCCAGCAAGCGAGUUGUUUGCAGCAGCCACACGGCAUUGCAAGGCCUUCUUUACCAAUCAGAAAGGACAAGUCUUCUGCAUCUACCGAUGUAUUUUGCAUCAUAAAAAGGAGCAACUAUCAACAGAUGGUGAAGGUCGGAUAUGGGUAGAGAGGUGUCAACGUCUCAUCUCACCAGGUUUUCAACGUUGGGCUGUAGUGAUGGUAUCAGGGGGUCAUUUCGCGGGAGCAGUGUUCUCUGGAGGGGCAGCAGUUGUGCACAAGACCCUGCAUUCGUAUAUUGUGAGGAGAGGACAGGGACAAGCACAGGGGACACGGGACCAGCACGGAAAUGCGCCUAAGUCUGCCGGUGCUAGCUUGAGGAGAUAUAAUCAGGCACAAUUUUUGGAGCAUGUGCAAGAAAUAAUGUCGGCCUGGUCCGAAGACCUGGCAGGCUGUUCUCUCGUGUUCUACCGCGCCGUGGGCUCCACCAACCAAGCAGCACUGUUUGGCAAGAACUCUCCGCUGAACAGAGAUGAUCCGCGCUUGAGGGCGCUUCCCUUCCCUACAAGAAAACCUACCUAUAAGGGAGUGCAACGCGCGCACGAAACCAUUUCCAGUUUGGAAGUUUAUGACACGAUGGAGCUAUUCCAGAAAGCACUUAUAACAGCGUUUGCGAACAAAGCCGUGACAAAAACGGGAUCCGAUACUAGCAUUGGGAAUCAGAAGAAAACAGGGAAAAGUAGCCCUAAUAAACCAAUUGACAGGGCUAAAUCCAGAGAGCGUAUACCCAGAGAACUACCAACGCAAUUAAUCUCAAGUGAAGAUGAAGGGCCAUGUUUUAUAGACUCUGAAACCCCAGUGGCCUGGAUCAAAACACUCUCGGAACAAAAUAAAAAUGGAGUCAUCACGAAUAGUAGAAAAGAUCUUAUCAACGAUUGCUCUAUUGCCAGCGGGAAUUCUGACACAGAGACAGAAAGUCUGCCGGAGAAGAAAGAGAUUGUUAAGAAGAAGAAGAAAAAGAAGGUUGACGAAAAAACCGUGCCUGUUAAGAAAGUGCUACAGAAGAUCCCUGCUAAUGUUAAAAAGAUUUGGAAAGUAAUAGCUGGCAAUGAACAGUCAUCGCUGGAGACGAUAUUCGAGGGCUUGGAGAGCGUGGAGCUCGAAGCUGCAUGCAAUAUGCCGGAUCCGAACGACGGCAACACUGCACUCCAUAAGGCAGCUAUAGCUGCCAAGCCAGAUAUGGUUACGCAAAUUCUCGUUGCUGGCGGCGAUCCGUGCAUCCGAAACCAUGCUCUGCAAACGCCGUACGCGGCUGCACCGCAUCCGGACACGCGUGUCGCCUUCAGGCUGUUCCAGGCUCAGCAUCCCGACAAGUACAACUAUGCCAAGUCGCACAUUCCCGGUCCGUUGACUACCGAACUCCUGGAGCAGGAGAAAGAACGUAAAGCUCAGCAGAAACGCGCCAAGCGGCAAAGAGACAAAGAGAAGCAAGCGGAGAAGAUCAAAUCAAACAAAUUCUUGCAGCUCACUGAUGCUGAGAAGGUAAGAGCGAAGGAGCCACGCUGCUUCUUGUGCGGUUCGAACUUGCCGAAAAUGCCGUUUUCUUACGACAACUACAAUUUCUGCAGCAUCCGCUGUCUGCAGAACCACCGCAAUUUGAGACCCAUCAACAUGACCGUAUAAAUAUAGAAAUUACGGAGUUACUACAGAGCUCUGCAUGUGAAAAAUAAACAUCAUCUACAAGUUAAAUCCUAGAACACCGUCCAAUUGGAAGAAUUUGAAUUUCCCCAAUAUGAACCAUCUACAGAGAGAACUACAACAUCUGCUACGUCUUUUGCCUGCAAAACUAACUUUGUGUGGCAACAUUUAAUACUUUAUUUCGUUGUAAGAAGUUUCAGCAAAACCUUUAAAAAACUCAACAAAUGGCAAAUGUCAUACUUGUAUAACUUUGUGCGUGCAUAAUAUCAUAAUUUGAGUUUUAUAUCGUUGUAAUAAAAUUUUGUAAGAUGCUAUAAUUCCAAAUGCUAAUAAGUAUUAAAAUUUGCAGUCACAUUAUACCUUUAAGAAAUGUGGACCAGUGAUUUGCAUGUCUUUUUUAUAGAAGUAAUAACAUCAAAUGUGUUGGACGGAUCCCGUCGUUUGGUCUUCCAGAAAUUCAUUACACGAAAUUAUAGAAAAAUAUUAAAUAAUUUUUAUGGAAAUAUCUAUAUAUUCUGGUUUGAUCUGUAACUAUGAUUGAACCAAUUGACCACGUCUGUACAGUCAGCAUCAAAACGAUGUUAACGGUCUAGCUGACGAAAAUCUAUUUUAUUUGUGAUAUCUAGUGGUGGUACGCGAUACGCC